AUGCUGGCAAGCCCUUCCUUCCCUUGUCACGCUACGCCUUUCAAUCCCACCGCAUACCAGUCGUGCGUCCGUUGGAAAACCGGCAACAGAGCAGACAACUCCGACUUCCACUACCGCUACGACCCCUCUUUCACCUCCAUCCUCAACUCCACCGCCCAAAACCUCCGCUGCGUCCGAUCCUCCUGCCCCAAACCCCUCCUCAUCUUCACGCCGGAGGACGAGUCCCAGGUCCAGGCCGCCGUCGCCUGCGCCUCCUGGCUCGGCAUCAACCUCCGGACUCGCAGCGGCGGCCACGACUACGAAGGCCUCUCCUACAUCUCCCUAAUCAACGAGCCCUUCCUCAUCCUCGACCUCCAGAAGCUCCGCCACGUCACCGUCAACCCCGUCGACGGCACGGCGUGGGCCCAGACCGGCGCCACCACCGGCGAGUUCUACUACCAGAUCUCCCAAGCCAACCGCUCCCUCGGCUUCCCCGCCGGCAUCUGCCCCAGCCUCGGCCUCGGCGGACACAUCUCCGGCGGCGCCUACGGCCCCCUCAUGAGAAUGUACGGCCUCGGCGCCACCAACGUCCUCGACGUUCGCAUGGUCGACUCCUCCGGAAAUAUUCUCGACAAACGCUCGAUGGGCCCCGACGUCUUCUGGGCCGUCCGCGGCGGCGGCGGCGGCAGCUUCGGCGUCGUCCUCGCCUGGAAGCUCCAGCUCGUCCCCGUCCCGGAGAAAGUCACCGUCUUCACGGUCGCGAAGACGAUGGGAAACGGCAACGGGAUAGACGCACUGCACACGUGGCAGACGGCUGCCCCGACUGUCGAUCCGAGACUUUUCGUUAGGGUCGUCAUGAGUGUCCAGGGCGGAACUGUCCUCAAUCUGUACAACGGCAUGUUCCUCGGGGACAAGGGAAGCCUCGAGUGCAUAACGAGGAAGAGCUUCCCCGGGCUCAAGCUAAGGCUGAGGGACUGCAAGGAGAUGAGUUGGAUCGAGGCCGUGAUCUACAUGGCGGGUUUCCCGCCAGGAACCGAGCCCGAUGUAUUGAUGAAGGGGAAGCCCACGUUCUUGAACUAUUUCAAGGCCAAGUCGGAUUUUGUGAACCGGCCCAUCACCAAGGAGGGGCUCGCGGGCUUACGGGACGUGCUCGUGAAGGCCCAUCCUGGUGGGGAGUACAUGAUUCUUAAUCCAUUAGGGGGGGCAGUGGCGAACAUGAGCGAGGACGAGCUUCCUUUCUCUCACGGGAAGAACGACUACUUGGUGCAGUAUGUCGCCUAUUUGAAUGACGGAAGCCUGGAGAAUCAGAUGAAGAACGAGGAAUGGGUUAGAAUGGUGUACAAUUACAUGGAGCCUUUCGUCACGAGUAACCCGAGAGAGUCGUACGUUAAUUUCAGAGAUCUCGACUUGGGGCAGGACGAGAGGUGUCGGGGAAACUGCACGUGUCCUUAUUUGUGGGGUGAGAGUUACUUCAAGGGCAACUUUUACAGGCUCGUUUCGGCCAAAUACCAGGUUGAUCCGAAGAAUUUUUUCAGAUUCGAACAGAGCAUUCCGCCUUGGCACGAAGUGGUGGAGAAGAAGGUGUGUUAUGAUCUGAUUACAGUUUGUGUCCGGUAG